CACCCACCAUAUGGACUACUAAUCCCACUCUCUGUAAUAUAUAUUAUACGCAUAAAAGUUAAUUCUGUUUGUAGCAGCAUGGGGAGUCUCACCAAGGGUGAGAGUGGAAGCAUCAGCACUGAGAUUGGGAACCUUAAAAUUUCAUUGCCAAGUGCAAAAACUGAGAAUUCUUGCACAAAACAAGAGCCCACAUCAUCAUCUGACGGCUCAUCAGUUUGUCAAAUCAACAAGACUUCUUCAUCAUCAGACUUUGAAACUCAUAGUUUAGCACAUACAAACCUCAACACCUUAAUCCCAGUGCCAAACCUCAACACCUUGACUCCAACAACCCUCACCAUUCCAGCACUCAAGUUCGAGGAAAAUGGUGACAUCGAAAUCCAGUCCCCUGAUUACUCCUUGUGGGAAUCCAUCUUUUCUGAUCAAUUAGAGGGCGAGUUCAUGGUUUGCUCUCCACAGGCCUCAAACUUAUACAAUUAUAACUGUAACUAUACUCAUCAGGCAAUGCACGGGCAGUGUCUCGUCGCGUGCUCGCCUCCACGCUUUUCGUCCCCACUCGGGCCUCACAAGGGAAAGGGAUUGAGCCCUCUCCACAGGGUUUUCAACUCCCCAAACAAUCAGUUCAUGCACGUCGACCAGGUCGAGAGCCUUUCCCUGCCCGCUCUCGACAGCCUGUUGGAUGAUACUUACGAUAAGGACGAUAACUUCAUGGUAUUUUCCCCAAUGAAGCUAACGGGUGGAGGGGAAGUCUCGACGGACUGUUACAAUACCCUGACUGCGGUACCUGAGCUCUUGGAAUGCUUGACAAUGCCUAAUUCAACGAGGUUUUGUCAACAAGAUCAAGCUAAUUCUGUUCAGGGAAGUUCACAGAUGAGUCAGGAGAGUGGUAUUUAUCAGGUGGGAACUAUUGCAACUCAACCAUUAUCCCAACAAUUGCAACAGGAAAGGCAGCAGGAACAAGAGCAGCAUCUAGCACCACGAAUCCCACCAGCAAGGAUACAGAAACAACAACAGCAACUUCAUCAGCAGAACCAGCUGCAGAAUAUGCAUAAUACCUUGAUGCUGCCAAUUCUUGCACCUGAGGAGGAGCAAGAUAGUGGAUUACAACUUGUACACCUCCUUCUCGCUUGUGCAGAAGCAGUAUCAAAGGAGGACUACAUGCUAGCAAGGAAAUAUCUCCACCACCUAAAUCGAGUGGUCUCGCCCCUUGGAGAUUCCAUGCAGCGUGUCGCAGCUUGUUUUACGGAAGCACUGAGUGCAAGACUUGCCGCUACCCUUACAAAUAAACCGAGCACAUCUAACUUGAAGCGUUUCAAUCCCAUCCCUCCAGACAACCUAGAAAUCCUCAAGAUUUAUCAGAUCCUUUAUCAAGCCUGCCCCUAUAUUAAAUUUGCUCAUUUUACUGCUAACCAGGCAAUUUUCGAGGCAUUUGAGGCUGAAGAGCGCGUACACAUAAUUGAUCUCGAUAUCCUCCAAGGUUACCAAUGGCCUGCAUUCAUGCAAGCCUUAGCUGCCAGGCCAGGCGGUGCCCCAUUCCUUCGGAUAACGGGAGUUGGUCCUUCCCCGGAGUCUGUGAGGGAAACUGGGAGAUGUUUAACUGAACUGGCUCACUCUCUUCACGUCCCAUUUGAGUUCCAUCCUGUUGGUGAAGAACUUGAAGACCUAAAACCCCACAUGUUCAAUCGACGGGUGGGUGAGGCACUGGCUGUUAACUCGGUUAACAGGCUUCAUCGCGUCCCGGGAAAUUGUCUCGGGAACCUGUUAGCGAUGAUAAGAGAUCAAGCACCAAACAUAGUGACAAUAGUUGAACAAGAGGCCAGCCACAAUGGACCCUAUUUCUUGGGCCGAUUCCUUGAGGCCCUGCACUAUUACUCAGCAAUUUUCGACUCAUUGGACGCGACGUUUCCACCUGAUUCCGCACAGAGGGCUAAGGUGGAGCAACAUAUUUUCGCACCGGAGAUAAGAAAUAUCGUGGCACAGGAGGGGCCUGAGAGGACGAUGAGGCAUGAAAGGCUAGAGAAAUGGAGGAAAGUCAUGGAAGGAAAAGGGUUCCAAGGGGUGCCGCUAAGUUCGAAUGCAGUGACGCAAUCGAAAAUAUUGCUGGGACUGUAUUCUUGUGACGGGUACAGACUGACAGAAGACAAAGGUUGCUUGCUUUUGGGGUGGCAAGACAGAUCUAUUCUCGCUGCUUCUGCAUGGCGAUGCUAAUUACUGGAAUUGCUCAUACGUGUUUUUCUUUAAUUUCCCUCACCGUAAUAUUGUUAAUUAGAUUAUUUUUCAUAGUUAUUUUAAUAUAUAUAAUCCAGUCCAACCACCCAUAUAAAGUUAAAGCCCAGAACAAACGAGGAAAGGAAAGAGAGUUAUUAAUCUUUCUUUUGUAUCUAGAAAUGAACCUUAGGAUUAGGUCAAAUAUGUUAAUUAAUUCACGCAUGAUUGGCUUAAUAAAUCUUUACGAUCAUUUGUUUA